CUCCGCUGGCAUGGUGGAGAAGCGGACCUGAUUAUUGUGAUGGUGGCAGGCGGCAGCCGGUGACUAGAGACUUCCUCCACUGCUUCCCCAAACGCGUCUUGCGCCGUCAAGGCUCCCUAACUACCUGCCUACCGGACAACCGAGGGCGCCUGUGCCUGUCUCACCAACUUAACAGCGCCUUCCGCGGGAUUUCUUUCAAACCAAAACCAUAUGAGAUGCAAGUUCACUGGGAAACUCCGGAGCCCGUUCGGUUCAGGCAGCAAAACUUUUUCUCAAAGGACAACACGAUAAAGCAACGGCGAGUAGUGGGCUGCUGCCGCCGCUCCUUAGCGGCACUGUUUGUGUGUAUAUGACCGUGGACUGCUAACAUUUUACUGCCUGCCUUCAUGUUUUGUGCCGAGUUGUCGCUACAAGCGUGGCAGCGGGUUUAUUGUUGAUUUUUAGUCGCUAACUAACCACGCUUGUCUUGCUCGGCUCUCACUACAGCCAAGUCGGGUGUUACUGUGUGUUCAGGAGCGGUGUGUUUGGAAACAGCACCGAGUGGUCGGGAGCCUCGGAAGGGGGCAAGAAGAAACGGCCACCAGCUAUCCCUUCUUCCCGUAUGACUCCUCCACCCACAGCCCUUUAAACUCCCCAGUUGUUGCUCAGUUUGUGGCUGCUUUGUCGGCCGUGCCCGUGUCCACUGCCCGGCUGGGACUCUUCUCCAGGGAGGACACAGAGGGACAGGACACUAGGUGGUAGAGGUGGAGGAGGAGGAGGAGGCGGAGGUGAGCCCGACGUGGGAAAAGUUCUUCCAAAAUAGCCGCCACUCGGCUCAAUGAUGGGGGACUUCGCCUCCCCCGCUGCCGGACCCAACGGCAGUAUUUGCAUCAACAACAGCGGCAUGAACCCGGCCGGGAGCGUGGUUCCCGGCGCCGUGGGCAUACCUAAGCACAGCACGGUGGUGGAGAGACUGAGGCAGCGGAUAGAGGGCUGCCGGAGACACCACGUCAACUGCGAGAACAGAUACCAGCAAGCCCACGCCGAGCAGCUGGAGAUAGAGCGGAGGGAGACGGUCAGCCUGUACCAGCGGAGCCUGGAGCAGAGGGCCAAGAAGUCGGCCAGCAGCAAGCAGCAGAGCAAGCAGCAGGACCCGGACUCAGCCUCCUCCGCCGAGCAGAGGAAUAGCACGCUCAUAGCGCUCCAGGAGACUGUAAAGAGGAAACUGGACAGUGCAAGAUCGCCUCUCAAUGGUGACCAGAACGGCAUCUGUGAUGGAGGAAACUACUCACCGACCACCAAACGGGUACGGAAAGAGGGCGCCAGCGGUUUGGACUCACUAACUGGUCUCCCCAACAACAACAACAAUAACAAUGUUCCACCCAUCUCUCCCCUGCAUCACCAAAUGGACAUUAAGCCCUUACUAGGCGGGCCCAAUGCUUCAGCUGGCAACAACACUACGAACAACAACAGCAACCAUGUGUCAAGUCGGCCACCAGAUGAGCUGGGCAAGAACGGUGGCAGCCAUCUCCCAGACAUCAAGCUGAACGGCUCACUGGACCUGGAGGACGGCUUCAGCCUCCUCAAAGACCUGAAGCAGGAGCCACUGGAUGACGCGGGCGGGAUGGAGUCCUCUGAUCCCCAGUCUCUGUCCAAUCAGAACAAGCUGUUCUCUGACAUCAACCUCAAUGACCAGGAAUGGCAGGAGCUGAUCGACGAGCUAGCCAAUACUGUACCAGAGGACGAUAUGCACGACCUCUUCAACGAGGACUUUGAGGACAAGAAAGAGGCAGAGUUCGGCCGGCCAACAAACAAUCAGACACCAGGCCCACAAGAGGUUGCAGUGAAUACGACAGCAUCCGGAGGGGGGACGGCACCAGCAGCAGCCCUUCCUCCUCCUCCUCAGCCUCCACAGGGAGGCCCGCAAGUUCCCAUGGGCUCACCGCAGGUCCGACCAUCAUCCUCAGGCCCUCAAUUUGCCACUGCCGCAAAUGGAACGCCUCCCCAGCAGCCUUUGCAGCAGUCCCCAGCAGUUGCCAUGGCAUCAGGUUCCCCAUUACACAAUUGUGUGGCUCGCUCACCUCAGACCCCUACCCAGGCUCAGACACAAGCUGUCCCUCGGCCUGGAAAUGGGUUUAUGAUGAACCAAGGCCCAGGGGUGGGUCAGACAGGCACAGGACCUGGAGGGGCUGGUGUUCCUCCUGGAAGUCAGCCAGUAGGGCCAGUGACGCCUGAGCUCUCUCCAGCAGAGCAGCUGAAAGCCAUGGCUGCUCAACAACGUGCUAAGCUGUUACAGCAGAAACAACAGCAGCAACAGGCAGCUAACUGGUCCCCUGCCGGCGCUCCAACCAGCCCAUAUAGCUCAGCUCCCUUUAACCAAGACAAACCCAACAGCCCUAUGAUGUACCCACCGCAAGCCUUUAACACGCCACAGGGCCCUCUUGUGGCUGGAAUGACCCCCAACAAUGGGCCCAAAGCCCCCAUGAACAACUACCUCCCUCAGAACCACAACCCAAUGGGAAUGAUGGCCCAGCAGCAGCCAAACAGCAUUGGCCAGAAUGCCCUCUCCAAACAACAACAACAACAGCAGCAGCAACAGCAGCAAACAGCAGCCAUGUUGUCCUACAACAACACCAAACCGCUGAGUCACUUCAGCGGCACUGGGGUUGAUCACAUAGGCCAGAGGAUGACUCCGCCCAUGGGAGGGACCACCCAGGUCAAGAACCCUAUGAUGCCUCCCUAUAUUGGUGGAGGAGGAGGUGGGGGCCAGGGGGCAGGGCCAGGUCAGACCCAGGGGCCAAUCCCAGGACAGACUGCCCACCUGAGUGAGGAGCAGAAGAGGAUGUUGCUAAUGAAGCAGAAGGUGUUGAACCAGAGCAUGCCCUACAGCGCCAUGCAGCCCCAUGGGCAGGAACAGGGAGUGGUGGGAAUGUCCCGGCCGCCCGGCGCUGUCCCACCUCCUCACCCUUCAGGGGGCGUGGCCUCAGGGGUGGGGCCCAAUCAGGGGGCAGGUCCCCCUCCAGGCUACCUAGGCAACCAGCAGCAGGCAGCCAUGAUGAAGCAGAUGAUGGCGAUGGAGCAGGAGAAGAGAGUGCAGCUUCACAUGAUGGAGCAGCAGAAACAGCAGCUUCUCCGAGAGCAGAGGCAGCAACAGCAGCAACAGCAGCUACUUGCUGAACAGCUCCAACAACAGCAUCUCCCAAGGCAGAUGGGCCAGGGCCAGAGGAAUCCAUACCCUCAAGUCAAUCAGUACCAAGGUACUCCUCAGGAGUUGGCGUCCAGGAGCCAGGCUCUGCAGAAUAUCCGAGCCGCCCGCCUCCUACAGCAGCAGCAGCAGCAGCAGCAGAACCAGCAGCAGCAGAUGGUCCAGAUGGGUUCUGUUCCAAGCCAGACGGGCGCAGUGGGCCCUCAACCCGACAUGGGCCUCCCCUACGGCAGCCAGGGCUCUAACCAGGGUUCCCUGUACAGCCUCAACCCCUCCAUGAGCCAAAUGAUCCACCAGCAACAGCACCAAAGCCAAAGUGUCCAGGCCCCCAUGGGUCUUCCACCCCAGCACAACCCAGCCAGUGGGCCGCCCAGGCAAGCAGGUGCAGGCCCAGGGGUUGGGGGUAUGCCUGGAGGAACCGGAGGUGGUGGAGCAGGAGGGUAUGGAGCACAGGGCAUGUUAAUGAACUCAAUGUCCCAGCAGGCCCUCAAAGGCCCACCCAACGCCAAAGCCCAGGCACAGAGACUGCAAAGCAUGCUGGGGGCUGGAGGUGGAGGUGGUGGAAUGGGCGGGCCCGGUUGGCCACAGCAGCAGGGACAGAGUCUCCAGGCCAUGGGGGGAGGAGUGGGAAGGACUACAGGAGGAGGGGGAGGAGACAUGGUGGGGUUCAGCUCCGCCCAGGGCUAUGGGAUGCAGCCCGGUCAACCCCCACGCAUGGCCAAGCAACACUUUCAGGGCCCGGGCCAGGCCAUGAGCCAGGGAAUGGACCCCAGGGUGGGCAACCCAGCAGCAGGUAUGGGCGGCUCAAUAAUGGGCCCUCACAUGGGCGGUCAGCCCAGGACCAACCAACCCCGGCCCAUGGUCAUGAACCAGGGGAUGAACCAGGGGGUGAUGGGCCAGGGGAUGAGUGCGAUGGGGGGCUUUGGGCCAGGCCCUGGUGGGCCAGGAAUGGGAGCAGGGGGCGGAGGAGGAGGGCCCUACGGACCAGGGGGAGUUGGGGUUGGGGGUCAGCCACAGGGCUAUCAAAGGACAGCCAAUCAGGACAUGUCAUCCUAUGGAUAUGGGGGCGGGCCCUCAGGUGGAGGAGCCUUCGGAUUGGGCGAUGGCUCAGGGGCGGAGCUGGACUCAAGCGACGGUUGGAUGGAGGAGUUUUUCCCCAGCCAAUAGCCAACGGGGAAAUUGGAGAUAAUUGUUUUUACUGGAUAGACUAAACACAAGUGGGAGAAAUGUUCAAACCUGAGAAAAUCAAAACAUAAAAGACAUGACAUGGACUGGUGACCGGCAUGUUUUUGUUUUGUAAAACAUGAGCAAGGUUAUAAAUGAGUUCUUGUCUUAUGAUUUGUGUGUGUGCGCGUGUAUGUGUUGUGUGUGUGUGUGUGUGUGUGUGUGAGAGAGAGAGAAAUCAUAUCUAGUGCAUAUUAAUGAAAAUCCCUUAUAGAGAUCAAGAGGUGUGUUUCCAUUGGUUUCCCUUUUUCUCCGUGAAAUGAAAUUAUACCAUUUCUUGUGUUCCAGUGUUUGAAACCAACCUCCUUUUGCACAGUGCUUUGAGACAGCGCUUCAACAUGGGCUGAUUGAACAGCAUGGACUGAUGAAAGGGAAGGAGGACUUGUUCUCGAGACAGCCAUUUAUUUGUGUGUGUGUUUGUGUGUGCCAUCCCAUUUCUGCAGCGCCACCCGGCUCAGAGCUUCAGAUCUCUCAGCUACACGAGGAGCUGAAGGGAGUAGAAAGCACUCUCAAUGCUCCCAUUUCCUCUCGUAGCCCCCCCCCACCACACACACACACACACACCACAAAUCUGUCUCCCUCACUCUCUCACUCUGUUGUGUUCACUUUAUCUCUCUCCCUCUCAUCUCCCUCUCCUUCCCUCUCUCCUCCCGUCUUUCCCACCCUCUCUCUAGAGACUUGUUCCUUGCUGUCUGUGCUCCUGUCUCUGUUUAAACUGUGAACAUCACAACAAAACAAAUGCCACACAAGCACACUCUGCCCUCUAGUGCUUUUGCUAGGCAACCAACCUGGGCGCCAAUCGCUAGCGUUUCAUUUCCUGUGCGUGGCUGUGGAUGGUGCAUGUGGAGAAAGACAAAGAGAGAGAGAGAGAGAGAGGCAGAUGGAGAGAGAGGGAAUAGGCAGCUAAAGUGAGCACUUGGACUCGCAGGCUUAUGCACACACAGACAGAAAGUGGCGCAAACAAACACACACAUAUAUAAACUAACAAACAGCAGCAGCCAGGGAGGACGGGCAUAUCUACUUGUCGGAGAGGCAGCUAACAGAGCUAAUAUUACACGAAACUGUCUCAUCUCCUGUCUGCGUUACACAAACCAUAUCGCAAGCAUUACACUAAAUAAAGCAAAAGGAUCGCUGGGCAUUGAAUGUAUCCAAGCACCACAAGUGACUUCUUUUUCAAGGAAAAAAAAAACAAAUGAUCAGCCCUGUUUGAAACCCCACCUCUAUUGUUACGUCUGUGGCCGUUUUAGCUUUGAAAAAAAAAUAAUGCUAUUAAUGUCUUUGUCAACUGAAACAAAAAAAUGUUUAGAUUAGCCCACUUUUGCGUUUUGUCGUCUGCUUCAAAUAUGCUUGUCCUCCUGUUGCAGCUCAGCCUUCCCUUCCAUUGUGAUACAGCUGGUUGUCAAGCACCCCCUAGCCCCUGCUUUACAUGGUGGCUUUGUUGUACUGCAGCUACGGAUGCCCUCGCUCCGACUAGAGCAUAACUGUGCUAUACUGUAACACUACUGUGAAGACAUACAAGUGGCCCUCUCCCAGCGCUUUACUAGGAAACUGAACCACUGCUAAGCCUUGAAUUGCUUUUGUAGACUCUGUGAUUUCUGAUUUGGACAGGAGGGACCCGGAGAAAAGUGACAGGGGCUUAAAGGGUGAUGGGGUUUAGCAGCAGUUAGCAUCAUACAAAUCAGUGCUUCCACUGAAGUCAGUGUUUCCCCAUUCCCUGAGCUUACUUUGGGUAUAAAGGAAAAUAUCGCCCUUGGCUUUACCUGAGGCCUGUGGCUUUCAGUCUCACCACCAAUUUGAACCUGUUACCACUUGUUGACAGUGUCCAUUUGAAGUAGGCUCUCUUUUACCCUUACGGUUGAAUAAUAAAUAUAUGUUAAAUAGGUUUUAAUACAGUAGUUGUUGGUAAGAUAACACCUUACUUCUCUAACUGUUUUAUAAUCUUGGUUUAAAAAAAAAAAGAUGAAAUGAAUGAAAGUGUGAUUAAGAAGGAAUGUGUUUGUGUGUGCUUUACUUUGUAACUCUAUUUAGCUCA